CACGAUACUGCAUCUCCACACUAACAAGCUCUGUGUCCCAUGGUAAACCAUUGUCUGAUGAAACAGAUAGCACUGGUGUACUGAGGCCUCAGUGGUUCUUAGAGGAAAGAGAAAGGAAUGAAACCCUCUUGAGAAAUCAGGACAGUGAAAAGUUCAACCAACCCAAAGUAGAACACUUGAAAGAGAAGUUGGAGGAAUACAUGGCUCGUUUUGCCAAAGUGAGGAUUGUGCGCACCAAGAAACGAGAAGGGCUCAUUCGUACCAGGCUGCUAGGAGCCUCAAUGGCUAAAGGAGAAGUCUUGACAUUCCUGGAUUCCCAUUGUGAAGUCAACGUGAAUUGGCUGCCUCCCUUGCUUAACCAGAUUGCACUAAACCAGAAAACUAUUGUGUGUCCCAUGAUCGAUGUCAUUGACCACAAUCACUUUGGCUACGAGGCGCAGGCGGGGGAUGCCAUGCGAGGAGCCUUCGACUGGGAAAUGUACUACAAAAGAAUACCGAUUCCUCCAGAGCUCCAGAGAGCUGAUCCUAGUGACCCUUUUGAGUCUCCUGUUAUGGCUGGAGGUCUGUUUGCUGUUGACCGAAAGUGGUUUUGGGAGCUGGGCGGCUAUGAUCCAGGUUUAGAAAUAUGGGGAGGAGAGCAGUAUGAAAUCUCUUUUAAGGUUUGGAUGUGUGGAGGUGGCAUGUUUGACGUUCCAUGUUCUAGAGUUGGGCACAUCUACAGGAAAUACGUCCCUUAUAAAGUUCCAUCUGGAACCAGUCUGGCACGAAACCUGAAGCGUGUGGCAGAGACAUGGAUGGAUGAGUUUGCAGAAUACAUUUACCAGCGGCGGCCCGAGUACAGACACCUCUCCACUGGUGAUAUCUCUGCCCAGAAGGAGCUUCGCAAGCACCUCAAGUGCAAGGAUUUCAAGUGGUUCAUGACUGCUGUGGCUUGGGAUGUCCCCAAGUAUUAUCCACCUGUGGAGCCUCCACCUGCUGCCUGGGGGGAGAUUCGAAAUGUGGCAGCCAAUCUCUGUGUUGACAGUAAACAUGGGGCCACAGGGACUGAACUAAGAUUAGAUGUCUGUGUGAAGGAUGGCUCAGAACGGACGUGGUCGCAUGAACAGCUGUUUACCUUUGGUUGGAGAGAAGACAUCCGCCCCGGGGAACCUCUUCACACUAGGAAGUUCUGCUUCGAUACCAUUUCACAGAGUAGCCCUGUCAUACUGUAUGACUGCCAUGGGAUGAAGGGCAACCAGCACUGGAGCUAUCGGAAGGACAAAACUUUGUUCCAUCCAGUAAGCAACGGCUGCAUAGAUUGCAACCCGGCUGAGAAGAAGAUUUUCAUGAACAGAUGUGAUCCUUUAUCUGAAACUCAGCAGUGGAUUUUUGAACAUAUUAAUAUGACUGUUUUAGAAAAAUUUAACAGCAAGGGCAGUUCCUAGGGAAAAAAACAGAUGAUUACAUACAGAUUGCAAACUACAUUUUGGCCAGCAUCUGGGUCGAAGGAGUCAGGAAUUAAAUUUCCUAGAUCCAGGAAGUCUGUUCUGCAGAUUAAGAAAAUGCCACGGCAAAGGCCAAUGGGCUGUCAUUAUGGAUGUACAGUAUCUGAAGAACUUGGCCAAGAGCCUCACCAGAUGCUGC